CUCUGUCCUUGGAACGUUCUAAAAUAGCAUCGCAAUCGCAGAUUACGGUUAUCUGCGCACUUGCGCAUUAUCGCGAUCGAGUCUUGAUAUUUUGAUCGUUGCUCAAGGGCGCAAAGCCUCUACACUCACAAUGUUCUCCCGCCCAUCACCAAGUUCACGAUCUGCUUUCAGCUCUCCAAAAAAGGUGCCCCUCAAAGGACUGUUCAAGGAUGGCGCCUGGUACUGUGAGUAUACCUUGAUCUACUCGGUAGCCCCUUCUCAUGCGACCAUGCUGAUGAUUCUAUAGGUAACUGCGACCCUCGACUCCCCGCCCAACGAUUCCAAGUAAAGAAGGACAAUAAGAAUCAGGGAAAAUGGUUCUACGUCUGCCAGGACCGAGUCUGUGGUUUGUUCUUGUGGGAAUACCAGGCGGUCCAGAGGGAAAAGACGACGGUUUUGAGUAAUGCGCGAUCUGAGAAGGAGUCGUUUGGAGUUGCGACGAAUGCGAUGAACACGACAAAUGCGACACCAGUGCAGGCGAAGAGGGCAGGUGGAGCAGUCACCGCUGGAAGUAGAAAUCUAUCAAGCUCGACCGACGAUGAAUUUGGCGCAUCCCCUCUCCCGCACCAGACAGCUUCCGCUAUCACAAAGGUCCUAGAAAAUGCCUCGAAGCCACCAGAAACACCGCGGAAAUCUAUUAAACCUGCGCCAUUCGUUACACUGAGCAGUAAGAGGAAGUGGGAAGAUACAGACAUGUCAACUCAAUCAACACAAUCAGAAUCAGACGACGAUGAGUUUGGAGAGUUUCCUCUAUCCCAGGAUGAGAUUGCGACCGUUGCGAAGAUUGCCGAUACACCACGAAAGGUGGCCAAGAUCAAUCCAUUCGAGACACCAACCGGCAAGCGCAUAUCAGCGGCUGACAUACCAACGCCAUCAAGUGGAAAUCUGGGAGGAUUGAAGCCUAAGAACUUGUUUGGUACGCCUGCGGUCAGGGUCAAUGGUGGAAUAUGGGAUGACAACGAGCCUUUUGUUAGAACUCUAUUUGCGACGCCAACUACACCAAGUCGAUUCCGAGAUGCUGUUACAGAGUCACCUAACAACGAGCAAACUGGACUCGAUGUCACGGACGAAGUCAUGGGUAUUCUUAAAGAUUCCAACCUCGACGAGCCCACUACACAGAAACUCCGCGAUUGUUUAACUCGUACUUCGCUUAAGAUUUCUGGCAUUGUGAGAGGUCGCGAUAUCACUCGAAUUGCUUUGAAGAACAAGGAUACGAAGAUUGCGGAGCUUCAGCAGAGAAUCACAAAGUUGGAGACUGAGAAGGAAAUGGAUAAGCUUGUCAUUAAGCAUUUCAAGAGUGACGUUGCAGAUAGUGUUGCGAGAAAGACUGGAAAUCUAGCAAGGUGGAGUGGAGGUGGCAGAGGCCGCGGACGCGGACGGGGAUAGGCGAAGUAUUGAUCACUUUUAAAACUUACCCGUCACUUGAAAUCCGAUCGCAGGAUUCACACGUGUUUUCUGAAGUUCAUGGUUCGAGAUGCACAUACGCUCAGUGCUGUUAAGCCAUCGCAAUAAUCCGCGAGAUGGAUCGGAACUUCAUCUCCUUCCUGACCAACAAGAAAGAAAACAGCAUUCAGAGUCUAGUCUUGGUACGAAGCAAGAUACUGUACUACAUCUCCGCAGAAGCUUGUUUGUUUUCUAUACCUCACCCAACCCUUUUGAGGGGGGAGAAAUCGGGAUCGAUAAUGCUCUUUGUUUCCUUUGGAGUUUUUUCGAUGGCGUUAAUCAGGAUACCCAGCUUUGCAUGUUCUUUCCGGAGUUCCUUUUUUUCUUUUCUUUUUGUAUUCUAGCUCGAUACCUGAUACCAGUCAUCAGAUACAAGCUUACCAAAGCUCCGGCUCCUAGGAGCUUAUGUAUGUUAGGAAGAAUUUAUUUCUUGUGACUUG